GUUUCUGCAGGAUGUACCCUUCCUCAAUGGCCACAGCCCCCAAUCUCAUCAUUGUUUGUGCGGAGAAUAUAGCCAUAUCCCACCUACUUCGCAGGACACCCGCACCACCGUCGCGCAAUGAGGCUCAAUUUCUGUCGACGCUUAAAAGACACUCUACACUGCCUUUCGACACGGAGCGCAAACUGGUCGGCACACUAGCUUUCGUUGCAUGUAGGAAAAACGAUGUUAAACAUAUCCCAGCUUUAUGCCUCGAAGAGGAUCUUGUAUCAGGCUGCUUGAAGGUGAUAUUUGCUGUGAAUAAAGUGAGCUAUAAUGAUGGCGAGGAUGCGAUUUGUCAUAUCCAGCAGGGACUAGAGCAUAUAUUCGCAAUCCUCGCGACUGUUUCUGGUAAGUAACAAGGGUUUAUUAAAGGAGUAUCCUCACAAUAUCAGAGUCAAGUCGCUAUGAAGACAUG